CCCAGAUGAUCUGAGUCGCCUUCAGACCAAAAUAGCUGCUUCCCCUGAGUAGGUCCAGCAACAGUUCAGAAAACUGGAAACCUCUAACACUGCUGCUUCAAGCUGCCCAAACUUCACACACUGAAGAGACAAAAUGGCUUCUAGUCCAGAGGCAGAACUCUUCUGUUCAAUCUGUGAUGAAAUCUUCAAGGAUCCGGUUGUUCUGUCAUGUGGCCACAGCUUCUGUAAGGAGUGUCUGACGAAAUGGUGGAGAAAGAAACCAGUACAAGAAUGUCCAUUUUGUAAAAGAUCUUCAAAAUCUGAUCCACCUUUAAAUCUGAGCCUGAAGAACCUGUGUGAGAUCUUCUUACAACAAAAAGGUCAGAGAUCUUUAGAACCUGUGAGGAAUCUGCACUCUGAGAACCUCAAACAGCCAAAGUUUCUCAUUUGCAUCGAUUCAGAAAAAAACAAAGAGCGCAAAUUAAAUGAGGCUGUUCAGGAACACAGGAAGACUCUUCAAGAAACCCUGGAACCUUUAAAGAAUAAUUUGCAGCGCAAAAUAACCAUUCAAGAAGAGUUUGAUAAGACAGCAGAACACAUAAAGGUCCAGGCUCAACAAACAGAGAAUCAGAUUAAGGAGCAGUUUAAGAAUCUUCAUCAGUUUCUAGAAGACGAAGAGAAGGCCAGGCUGGCUGCACUGAGACAGGAAGAGCAGCAGAAGAGUGGAAAAAUGCUGAUGAAGUUGAAGCCUCUGAGUAGAGAGAUAGCAGCUCUUUCUGACAUAGUCAGAGCCACAGAGGACGAGCUGAGGGCAGAAGACGUGUCUUUCCUUCUUAACUACAACACUACAAUGGAAAAAGUCAAGUGCUGGCGCCUGCAACAGGAUCCACAGCUGCACUUAGAUGCUCUGAUAGACCAGGCCAAAUAUCUGAGAAACCUGGGCUACACCAUCUCAAGUAAAAUGAGAGACAAGUUGUCCAAUUCUCCUCUUGUACUUGACCCAAACACAGCGGGUUCAGAACUAGUCCUUUCUGAAGAUCUAACCAGUGUGACUUCAAGAGAGAAUGAGCUGCUUCCUGAUGAUCCAGAGAUGUUUAGAUCAAAGUUUUCUGUCCUCAGUUCUGAAGGCUUUAACUCUGGAAACCACAGCUGGAUUGUUGAUGUGGAAGACAGUAAGGGUUGGAUGAUUGGUGUGUCAGCAGAGUCUGUCCAGAAGAGGGAAAAUAUAUACUCAACAUGGCUUGUCAUCCAACUCCAUGGAGGUAAAUACUCAGCAUGGUCUCCACCAGCUACUCCCUCAGUUCUCCCAGUACAGAGUAACCUCAAAUGGAUCAGAGUGAAUCUUGACUGGGAUAAAGGAGAGCUGCAGUUUUUUGAUCUAAACACUAAAACAAACAUUCAUACCUUCAAGCAAACCUUUACUGGCAACAUGUUUCCAUGCUUCACCACUCUGGGUGAAAUAAAGAUGUUACCUGCAGAUUUUAAUCCCCCCCUAUCAAGAAGGAUUACUUGUAAAAAAAGUAAUUGGCGUCCUUAUAAAUAUGUGGUCGUCCCAUCCUGAUGAUAAUUGCUUGAUCUAAUGUCACUUUGAAAUUAUAUUGAUCAAUUGUACAAUUAAUGUUCUUAAUAAUGUAACUGACAUACAAGGUACAGCUUCACUUUGUUAGGCUUUGAACCACAGUAAAGGGGAAAAUACAAAAAAAUAUUUAGAAAAUUUUUAUUUAUUAACCUGAUAUAUUCAUGCUUUGAUGAUCUCUCUUUUUGGCAUUGUGCUCCAAAAUUGUAUAUGAAUUACAUCAAUCUGUUGCUGUAGAUUAUAAUCCAGAUUGAUUUACUGGAUCCUUAUUAAGAUGAGAAAACUUCAUACACAGUUUUAAGGUUUUCUAACAGGGGAAACAUUGCGCUAGUAACAUACCAUUACCAAUAUUGAUAUACCUGAAUGGCGUAUAGCUCGACUAAAGACCUACCUUUCACAUCUGAUGCCUUCUCUGGAUAGUCAGUGUUAGCAAUUGGCCUAUUAACAAGUAAGACUUUCAUUUUUCUCUGGAUGCUUUAUCAUAGAGCAUCAUCUUUCCAAAUAAUAGUAAUAAUUGAAUUUUAUUUAUAUCACAUUGGAGUAUAAAAUGUAUGUUCUUUUUCUAUUUGAAAUUUUUCAUUAUCUAUUUUAUUCUUUGUGCUUUAACACCAACUAAUUAAAAUCAUGAAUGAAAAUAUUCUUGUGAAAUGGUCUAAUUUACAUACAGUAAGAGUGAAACUUAAAUUUACUGUCUCUCCCUCUUGCACCUUCUCUCUCCAUUGAACGUAACAUCAUUGAACUUACAACCAUAUUUUUUCUGUUUGCUUUCACUCUUUAUUGGUGAAUACUCUUUGUUCAAGUUAUGUCUGUUUUGCCCCACUAAACCUACUAGAAAGCCCAUGGAUUGGUUAUAAGCUUCUUUUCUUUUUUAAGAAAUAAAAACUUUCAAAUCACAUUUUUUUCUCUGACUUACUGUGCUGACAAAAUCCACAAAUUCAAGCUAGUGAGUAUCUGACUGAAACAUUUGAGUUAUGGAGUUAUGUUUACUGAGUGUCUGUGCUACUGGGAUAACUUGAAACCAUGUGAUCUUUGCAGCUACUUCCUUGACAGAAAUAUUUUCUUCUAUCCAACUUUAUUGCAAUCUUUUAAGGAAAACCUGAUUAUAUUGUACACCUUCCUGGAGCUGAGACCUGAAGGCAACUGACAAAAUCAUCAAAGUUCAGCUUAUACUGUGAGA